AUCUUACAGAAUCGGUUCGUUCAUUCCUUCGUCCAUCUAUGGCACGUCCGCUUAUCCGUUCUCGUCCGUUAUUGCCUCCUUUUCUGCCUGUCUCUACCUCUCAGAGUCAAUCUGGUGGGAUAGAACUUCGACCGUGGUGGAAGGAGUAGUAAGCAGCUUACGCAGUUUCAACCUGGAUCGCAGCUUUUAUUAGUUCUUCGGCGCUCGGCGAAGAAUGAUGCGUGUCGUGAAUAAUAAUAAUCAGUGUGCGUUCAGAUUUGGAAUUAUCUAAGUACUGUUAAUACGAACAAAUCGUGCGCAUAAUAUUUAAACGAUUCAUUUAGUGAACAAGGAUUAUAUUUGGUGAAUAUAUUAUUAAUUGAUAUCCUGCAAUAUAAAUUUAUAUAUCAAUAUAUAUUUUAUGUACAUGGAAUGACUUUCAUUGAAAAUAUAUCAUGUGUAAUCAUAAUUUUUAAAAUUUCGUGAGAGUGAUUUCAAACAUUCAAAGAAACAUUAAAAGUUUGAAGUGUAUAUUGUAUUGAAAUAUUUCGAUGCAAUGAGAAUAAAUGUGUAAUCUUCAUAUUACUGAUUUUUAUAUAUAUAGAAACAAGAUAACUAUCAAAUAAUUGAUGAUCGAUAAUAAUCAUUGUUACAUCAUAUUAAAUUAGGAUCAAAUGCAGUGUUCGUCAUCCCAAGGACAAAACAUCUGGCUAUUUCUGGUGGCAGUGACAGUUAACGAACGGAUGGACAUACGCAACUUACCUUCGCAACGAGAUCACCGUAAUUAUCCUGAUCGUGAAAGUAUAUCGUAGCUCGGAUGGAUGGCUCGUGAUCCAUGUUCAUCAAACGACCGAGAAGGCGAAACGUUAAUCGAAAGGGAAACUACUUUCAGCGGACGCAUGAGUAGAUUGCGGAACAGGUUGGUGAUCGGGUCUAAGAGGGAAGGAGAGGGGAGAUAGAGAGUAUAGAAAGAAAGGAAGGGUGACUGCAUUUAGAGGCCAGGGUAUUAAGGCACAUAUGUGCAGGGGUUUUGAGGUAAGAGAGAAAAAAUACAACGAAAAAGAGAGAAAGAGAGAAAAGAAAAACUGGUUGGUGUCCGGCUCUAUAUGUUAUGAUUGGGAGUGAAAAGACGGGAAGAUGCUCGAGAUUCAGCAAACCGAAUUUUUAAGAGAGGGAGAAGCCUGCAACCCUCCUAUCGACUUACUACAUCCUGAUUCGACCGGAACUUCCGUUUCCGAGCGGAAGUCCGCUGAAAGAAGCGUCUCCUUCAAUCGAGACGUCCACGUCAAGAGGAUCGGACGUGAAGCAUCCCGCGUGACCGCGGCUCUGAUAGGAGAUGGCGAAGGCAGGUUGAUCACCACCCCGAUUCAUAAGGAAAGCAUAGCGUUGAAAAGCAAAGAGGAUCUAGCCCAAGAGGCGGCGUUGGUACUUCAACAAGUAGGCAGCCUUCAUUGCGUUGCCCACGAUAACAGACGAUUGCCAGGUCGUUUUAGCACAUUGCCAGUGCGUCGUAAUAAAAAAAGGCCGGAACUACCGUUCGAUGUAAGACGAAAAAGCGAAGAAAUAGUCACGAACAACACAGAUCACAUCGACACACCGAAGAUAAAGAAAAAAGCAUUAGAGAGAAGUAUCAGCGAUGCAAACACGAAAAAGUUAAGAAGUCCAUUGGCCAAAUUUUUCUCUCCAAAGUUAGAAAGGAAACAUAAACCGGUUAGUCGUAGUGUCAGUGACACAGCCAACUCAUUACGAUCCCAUCGCAAAAGAAGCGGUAGCGAAAGUGAAGAAUCGCAUUUGGAGAGUAAUCGAGUGAAGAAGCAAUUAUCUCCUAUUAUCGAAGCAUCACCUCACAUUGAUCAACAACCUUUUCAUUUCGGUUUGAAGAUCGAAAACAGUGAAAAUAGGCCGGAACCAAAGAAGUGGAAACAAGAGGAAAUCAUCGAUGCCGAAAAGGUGGAACAUACAGAAACGGUGACAUCGAAAGAAAAGAUCGAAGAGAAAGACGUGAAUAUUGAAAAACCAUUAAUAACGUCGAGAAGAAAAAACAAGGGAAUCGUAAGACAUAUACCUAUCCAACUGGAGGUGGACGAUAAGAAAAAUAAAGAGGAGAAGAGAGAACAGAAGGAAGAAAAAAAGACAACUGGCCCGAUUCCUUUACCAAUCAUAAAAGACACUGGAUUCGACGAAGUAGACAAAAUCGAUACGAGUAGCAUGUUGCACAACAGCCGAUACGAUCUCCAACAACGAUCUAUUGAAGAAUCAACAAUACAUAAGAUGAUUCAUCGAUUAUCCAGUGAUCGGUCACCGCAAUUGACCAAAACAAUGGUCUCAUCUGGUCCAGGAUUCGGUCAUAACAAUAAUCGACCAUUCUCUUACACUAGACCAAAUGAAUGUUGUAGUACGCCAUCCCCGCAAACUGUGAUUUACGCUCAAGUACAAACGGAGAAAAAAAAAGCGCAAAGAAGUCAUUCGGAUAGCGACGAGGGACUUGGCCUUGAAAGGAAAGAUUCGUCGCGUGAAAAUAGUCCAGCAGAAAAGGAAUAUCAUAGAAUGGAUUUCUCUUAUAACAAUGAACUAAGACACAAUAACGAAAUCAAUACGUUCAAAUCUAGAUAUGAAGAAGAUAGAAAGAACGAUGAUACUCAUUUUACCAAUCGUUACUUUGGAACAGAAGAUUACGCGAGUAGAAACGUAGAUAUGAAACGACACCACAAAUUAAACGAUAUCGACAGACAUCUAUAUGACAAACCUGAAAAAUAUACAUCCACAGUAUUCGUAGAUACUUUCGAACGUGAUAGAACUGAUAGUAUAGACGCUAGACAACGAAAUAAUAACGAAUGUUCUAAACAGAUUUCGAGCGGAAUAUCAAAUAAAACAUCCGAAUUAAGCGCGAGACGUGAUCUUCUUGAAUCUAGAAUCAAGUCGAGGCUGCUCGCGGAUGAAAUGUUCGCCGCCAAGAACAGUAUGAACACGCCGAAGAAAUCUGAGCACGAGAUUAUUGACAAACCGAUCGUUCCAUCUCCGAUCACUCCUAAUCGCGUUGCCUCGCCUAAACGUUAUAUGGAUACGUACAUUACGGAAACACGCACCAACAGCAAUGGAGAGAAAUAUAUUUUUGAAAAAGAGAUCCACGAAGACAAUGGUAAAGUGUACGGAUACGAAAAAAAGAUUACUAAUAAAAUUCCAUCGGAUGGAUACAUUGACACCAAACCGCGAGAUGGAUAUACAAUCGAAACAAGAACGGACAAAUAUGGAGACAGAUAUAUUGUUGAGACGCGAAAGCAUGAAGGUUAUGCGGAGGAUUUUAAACCAUUUCUUAGUGACGGGAAUAGAAUCAGUCCAGAAGAUCGGUAUCAACCUAGAAACUUAAUUAGUCCUUAUAAGUCAUCUAAUUUGCGACCCGAAGAGAGCACCCUUACUCAUCACUUUCGAACCGAAUCCAGGGAAAACAAUUUUCUUUCUUCGCCUAUAAUCGCAAAGAAAUUCAUCACGACGGAAAGAAAAUUGUCCAAAAGCGAUGAUUUUUUGGAUAGAGACAUUCGAUCGAGAGACGAAUACCUUCCUAAGAAAAAGAAUUUUGAGUCGAUCCGUGGUAUAAGCAAAUCCACGCAACGUUUGGAUGAAGUAGAUGAAAAUUCGCGAAUCAAAGCUCUAAAAAGUGAAUAUACGACUAGGUCGCACGAAAAUUUAACUAGCCAUGCAGAUUACAUAAACACUAGAGAUGUACAUCGAUCUCUUUUAGAUAGUCCCAUUAUAAACGGGCGGAGGGAACAGUCACCGUUUACAAAAAGACAUUUGAAUAGCUUACGCGAGGGGCCGAACAACGAUUACGAUACUGAUAUAUCUCAGAUAACGAGUAGCCAGCUAGAAUCAAAAUAUUACAAAGAAAUACGCACCACUCAACGAUAUACGAACAAGGACCCGAUUCACGAUGAUUACGAUAGUUCUCCGUCGAGGAUACGCAUCGAUCACGGAGGUUACAAUUCAAGCAGAUACGAUUCUGAUACUACAGCUAGAGAUUCGAUCCAUUGCGAAACUCGAUACGAUGAAACAUUGAGAAAAGAACAUCGAAAAUUGAACGAAGAUUCAAAAAAACAGAGAUCCCGCAAUCAAUUGGAUUAUUUCGACGAUUCGGAUGCCAGAGAAAGUCUACGCAUGAAAACGACUAUUGGACGAUUAGAACCAUUCGACGAAAGUCCAACAAAACCUCCAAGAACUUAUCAUGAUAAUAGCAAAUUGAAACACAUCAAGCAAGAUAUCAGAACGCAUACUGAACGCAAACAUCGCGAAACUCGGCUCAAUGACUCUGAUCGGAAAGAUCGUUUGGCUGAUUCUGGGAUCGAAAAUGAUUACAGACGUGAUUCACAAGAAGUCGAUCGAAGAGAACAAAUUGAAUCGGAGGACGAAGGUUUUGUUACGAGACAAUUUAUCAAAUAUGAGAAACGGCAUACUGAUUGUAAUAUGAAUUUAACACCCCCCGAGCAACGAAAAUACGAUAAAUAUUCGAACGAUAUGUUAAAAUCACCGUCGAUCAGCACGAAACCACCGUCAGGCGCGGAUAAGAAAUACGAAAAAAAGGCAGCAAAGAAGAGCGGUACGAUGAGCAAAGUAAAGCAGUUGUUUAGUAAAAAGGAAAAAAAAACAAAGGAAGAGAAACACAAGAAAAAUACAAAAAGCAGCAGCAGUGGAGCCUUUAUGGACGAUGAAGUAAUGAUCAGAUAUAAAGAAUAUCGAGGUGAUCAACUGAGAAGCGCAAAAAGUACGCGAGACUUGGGCAGUGACAUCAAUCAGGAGGAAUUUAGUCAACGUAGACGUCUAUCUACUCCAAGCGACAGUCCUAGUCCUCCUAGAACAACGAGACUUUUUAGAUCUACAGGUACAUUAACUAGAGAAGAGGAAUCCUUUUGCGAAUCAAAUAACACUCUCACUAAAAAAAAUCAAGGACAGGAAAUUGAGAGAAAGGGUUGGUUUAAAUCUCUGUCUAGGAAGAAUAAGUCGAAUAUCAAAACAGUGGAUAAGAAACCUAGAAUACCAGAAAGUGAAAUUUUAACUACUGGAACUGAUGAAGAAGCCUCGUCCGUACCUGAACGAAUUUCUAUGCAAAAGAAUUUACGUUUCUUUGGGGAUACCGAUCAGGAAUCAAUUUCAUCUAAUAGAGAUCGCAGAAACAAACGUGAUGAUCAUGCCUGUUCAAGACGUGAUGUUAUAAAUUCUAGCCGUUACAAUUUGGGUAUUCUAUCAACAUCUCGGAAACCAUCGAGACUUACUGAAAGUGCAUUGUCUUCCGGUGAAAGUACAACAGGAGAUAGCAGUCAACAAAGUCAGAAUUCUCAGAGAUCACAGAGAUCUGUUGUAUAUCUUCAUGCUGCUACGGUGGGUGAAAUACCUGGUCCUAAUGAGAGACGUAGAGCAGCAAGCAGAGAAGAAUUAAAUCGACCACUUCAAUCGCACACGAGAACAGUAUCAAGAAGUGUCAGCGUUCUCGCACCUUGGAAACCUAGACAUUAUAGAGAAUCUUUCGAAAUAAAUUAUGAUCAACAAUUGCAUCCAAAAUCUUUAGCGACAAUGAGACGUAGACAAAAAAGUCGUGAAACACUAAAUCGUCGGGGAAAAGAUACACGACGAAGUAAAGAUAAUCUCUCAAAAACUGGUACGAUCAAUCGUAGUACUCUAAAAUCAAAAGACAAGCAAAAUGUGGAUAGAACUGUUUCCACGGAAUCGUUGGCCAUCAAAUCACGGAGCGUUAACUCGAAACCAGAACUGAGUAGAUCUACAUCGGUUCCACGUGAUCCGAAUAAGAGUGCUGGUUGGUUCAAGUUGAAAAGCAAAAAAUCCCGAACUUGAAGGGAAGGCCAUUGAUUAAUGCUAGUCUUGAAUUUUAUAAAUAAUUUAUAAUCAUAGUGAUUAAGUGAUUAACAAUAAUAUGAUCAAUUUAUUAUCAAAUCAUGAAUGAGAAUAUUAAUUGAACAAGUUAUUUUAUUUACUAUUUUUUCUAAUGUGAUCUUCUAAUAAAAUCGACACCUCAGUGCAUAAAAAUCGUUUUAUAAAUAAAUAAUUCUUAUUAACUGGAUAAGAGAUAUUUACAAUUUUUUAUUAUUUUAAUAUAUAAUUAUUAUAAACAAUUAAUAGUAUAAAUUUAAUUAUAAUUUAAUAAUAUAAUUAUAAUUAUAAUUUAAUAAUGUUAAAUCAUGAAUUGCAUUGUAUAUUAUUGUAUUUUUUAUAAACGAAUUAUGAAGCCAAAUGCGAAUUUGAAUAAAAUGCGAAAUUAUUUAAAUAUAUUUAAAUAUAUAACAUACAUUAUUAAAAAUAUUAUCUUUUAGUUGUUUUAUUGAUUAAUAAACUAUUCUUUUAAUAUAUGGGAAAUAAAUGAAUUUAAAAUGGCAAUAGAAGAAGGUUAAUGAAAAACAAUAACUAAAAGAUAUAAAUAUAAAAUAUUUUUAUUUCAUCUUCGAAGAAUUUUUUUUCUAGUUUUCUUCUACAAUGGAGCCUUCUCUCUACCAAAUUUAACAAAUUAAAUUUAUUGUGUAAGAUGAGAAUGCAUGCGAAAACAAUAUUGUUAUUUUUUUUAAAAAAAACAUUUAUUUAAUAAAUAAUUAAUUUAAUUUACAACUUUUCUACAUAACAAAGAUAUAUUAUAAGUAUAUUCAUAAUAAAUUAUGAAUGUAAAGUGUGUGGUUUCUAAAAACGGAAGAAAUUAAUUUCACCGUGAAUCAGAGUGCCAUUUCCGUUUUUUUAAGCAUGUAUAUACAUUAUUUCGAAUAAAAUCAAAAUUUCUAACAUACAAAAUAUAUUAUAUAAAUAAUUUUAUAAGACAAUAGUAUAAAAAUAUAAAAAAAAAAGAAUAUUUGUUAAUAUUACAAUGAUUAUUAUGAUAAAAUUGUAUAAGAAAAUACAAAUAAAAUAUAAUAGAAAUACAAAUAAAUAAAAUAUAAAUUAAUUACAUGUAUAAUUUUUGAAAGUUUAUUGUGCAUAAGUUAAUCAAUCUUAUAUUAAUUGUAAAUAUUUGUAAUAAUAAUCAUUAUUUCUAACUAUA